CCAGAAAGAGAGAGGUAAUGUGUAAAUUUAUUUUGUGAAUGUAUACAGUACAUGUGAAACAGGUACGAUCAAAACAAUAGAAUAGACAUGUUAUCCUUAUUGUUCGGAGCUUUAUUUUUGAACUUUGCGUUGUUCAAACGGUUUCAAGGGCCACGCCUUGGAGUCGCCGCCUGCCGAGUGACGUAGGAAGAAAUGCAAAUCAGCAGUCAGGCUCGUUCCGCUCGUCACGCCCGAAAGGAGUCUUUAUAAAAGCGCAACGCCGGCUACCUCGAAUAUUCUAGUGUGAGUAAUUGCUUUGUGUAUCUCAAAAUGUCUGGAAGAGGAAAGACUGGCGGUAAGGCACGUGCUAAGGCUAAGACUCGCUCUUCUCGAGCUGGGCUGCAGUUUCCUGUCGGCCGUGUUCACAGGCUCCUGAGAAAAGGCAACUAUGCCGAGCGGGUGGGCGCUGGUGCUCCCGUGUACUUGGCUGCUGUGCUCGAGUAUCUGACCGCUGAAAUUCUUGAGUUGGCUGGUAAUGCUGCCCGCGAUAACAAGAAAACCAGAAUCAUCCCACGCCACCUUCAGCUGGCUGUGCGUAACGAUGAGGAACUCAAUAAGUUGUUGGGUGGUGUGACCAUCGCUCAGGGCGGCGUGCUGCCCAACAUUCAGGCUGUGCUUCUGCCCAAGAAGACCGAGAAACCAGCUAAGAGCAAGUGAGCUGAGGCGGUCCAUCUUUAAUCACCAACGGCUCUUUUCAGAGCCACC